AUUAAGGAAUGGUCAGGAAGGGAAUAGGGUACAAUCAAGUGCAAUAUGCUUGUAAAUAACUUAUAUGGUCCACAAGAGCACAAAACCCGAAAAUAAACGAUCAAGCUGUUUCACUACUCAAUGUAGCCUAAAACAGAGAAGUCAGAUGACAAUUCCUAUAAGUUCCAAACACUUUAGUAUUAGCUAAAACCACGAGGAAUUAUGUGGUAUAGUCUCUCACUGAAGCUAAAUUAAGAAUAUUCAUUGGAGCACAUGAUAUAAAGCCUACUGAAAUGAUAUAUGACUCCAUUGUAGUCCUCCAUUAAAUUAAAUUUCAGUGGGUAAAAAUCUUAGCCGUCGGCGCCAUACAACUUUCCUUGAGCGGCAACUUCCCUGCCGAGAUAGUCCGACAGGAUCGGCGGAGAAAUGAAUUCUGGAAAAUGUAGUCCGCGAGGACGCUCAGGCCUCCAGUAUAUUUGUAGUUUGAGGAAGUAUCCAAAGGAGGCGGGGCUUUCCAGUUGAACUUUGCCUUCCUUUCCCGCCAAUUCUGAUUCCAGUUUUGGCGCCAAGCUGCAAGGCGGAUUUCUCUGUUGGGAGACGGACGCCGGUGGGACAGUGAUUUGUUCCGACGUGGAUAAGACGCGAUGAACGCUGACGGUCAGCUGCAGACCAUCUCUCCCAAUGGGUAUGCUUGUGAGAUGACCUGUAAAAAACGAGAUGAUUAUUUGGAGUGGCCUGAAUAUUUCAUGGCUGUAGCAUUCUUGUCAGCACAAAGAAGCAAGGAUCCAAAUUCUCAGGUUGGUGCUUGCAUUGUGAAUUCAGAAAACAAGAUUGUUGGAAUUGGAUACAAUGGGAUGCCUAAUGGAUGCAGUGAUGAUCUUCUGCCUUGGACAAGAACAGCAGAUAAUAAACUCAACACAAAAUAUCCAUAUGUAUGUCAUGCUGAACUGAAUGCCAUAAUGAACAAGAAUUCUGCUGAUGUGAAAGGCUGCAGCAUAUAUGUUGCUCUGUUUCCGUGUAAUGAAUGUGCAAAGCUCAUCAUCCAGGCAGGUAUAAAAGAAGUCAUUUUUAUGUCUGAUAAAUAUCAUGAUACUCCGGAAAUGAUAGCUGCACGGCGCUUGUUUGAUCUAGCUGGAAUUUUGUACAGAAAAUUUAAACCAAAGUGCAGCAAGAUCAUCAUUGAUUUUGAUUCAAUUAACAGCAAACCAAGUCAAAAGCCUCUGUGAGUUACAUCUAAUUAAAUCUCGAGAAGAGUGUGAUUAUCCUUUUCUUAGAAGCUGCUAAUGCCUUUCAUCCUGAAGUUAGGCAUAACUUUUUAAUAGUCACUAUAGUUUAAGCAGACAUCUAAGGAAUGUGUCAGAACUUGAACAUUUGUGCUUUCUCUACUAUACAUUUAAACUUUGACUUCCAGGAUUUUACUAAACCUUCUGUAAAUGAACUGUAUGUGCGUUUUGUAUUAGUGGAUGAACAACGCAAAAGGCAUUCAAUAUAUUGUGUCAAUUAGCCAGGAUCUCAUCUGACUUGAAUUACAUUUACAAUUCAUAUUCUAUGAAUAUUCACUGUACAAGAACGGUUGAAGAAUCACUUCAGCAGCAUACAACUAAGAACACAUGUUCUAGCUUAAUUUAGUUCAAACUGGCUAGACAGUUAUAUAACUGGUAGGUUAACUUUGAAACCUUUAGCUACUUAAUUGCUUCUUUAUUUGAUUUACAUUUGAAAAUGUUUUGCAUUGGAUAAAAUUUUACAGUAGCUUUCAUCCCCCUUUGCCCCCAAAUACCUUAUUUUUCUUAAAAGAUGUGAAUAAAUCAUCAGUACCAAUAAGAACUUCUUUGGAGCUGAUUUUUUACACCCUGAAAAGUAAUUUGUCCAUUUAUCUAAACUUCUGGGAGACAAUCUAAUAAUUUCAAUGCUGAAAUUAGCCUCUAAGUUAAUCAGUAUUUUCUUCUAAGAGAAAUGAACAGGCUUAAUCCAUAUUGAGGCUAUAUAUGCCAAAUAGAUCAUGGUUUUAGCUUGCUUUUGUUUGUUAAAAUUGGCAUAAGUUUAUGAAACAUUGAUUAAAGCUUAUACAAACUUUCAGUAUAGGUUCUUUUGUUUGAUUUUGAAACCAAAUAUAUAUUUAGAUGCUCAAAUUAUUUCAUUUUAAAAACAUGUUUUGUGAAGUUUGGUAUGUAUAUUUGUAUUAAAAUCAUUCUGUAUGUUGAGUAUUUUUUAAUAUGUCAUCAUACUAGCAUUAUAAAAUCUAUUAAA